GCUCCCACCCUUAAGCUGGAGCUAUACAGCUUCAACGAAUCGGAGUCUCGCAAUCCUCGAAGCUGUGGGGCGGCCCUGACAUCGCUGCGGGUUAAAAGUAGAAACAACGCCGGCGCCGCGGGAAAGCUGGUCCGAACGAGCUCAAACGACAAUCACCUCUUUACUCUCGGACGUGGUUUGAGAGCUAAUAACAACAAUAAUUCAAAGAGAAGAAAUUGGACGGAAAGAAACAAUGGUUGAGGUUAAGAAGUAUGAGAUUAAAGAGCCGUGGCUCAAACUAAACUGCUCCCUGGGCGAAGCCCCCUUCUACGAAGAAUCCACAAACACGCUCCGCUUCCUCGACGUCGAAAAACAACGCAUCCACUCCGUCUCCCUCUCUGAAGGUCCCUCGUCCCACAAAGUCAUCGCCGAAACAGACAUAUCCAUGGGCUGCACCGCCGACAUCGAAGGAAACUCAACGCACUUCAUCUUCGGCGGCAAAUACGGCUACGGCAUCUGCAACCGCUCCACGGGAGCCUACUCGUGGGUCAAAAAAGUCUGGUCCGAUGAGGAGCACGCAGCCGGGAAACCCAACAAAUUCCGCGGCAACGAUGGCGCAGUGGACUCGCAGGGACGGUUCUGGUGCGGCUUCAUGUUCGAUCCCCUCGUGACGGAUAUGAACAACCAAGGCGCGGUAUUCCGUCUCGACAGCGAUGGAAGCUUGCAUCGGCCCCUCAGCGAUAUCACAAUCCCCAAUGGCACGACGUGGAAUAAGAAGGAUGAUACUAUGUACUUUGCUGAUUCCCCGUUCAAAACAAUCUAUGCGUUUGAUUAUUCUGCGUCUACGGGCGCAGUGUCAAAUCGUCGUCCGUUCUUCGUCAUGCCCGAGGAUAAUCGAUAUGGCGAGGACGCGGUGCCAGAUGGUCACUGUAUCGAUGAGGAGGGCUUCAUGUGGACUGCGCUCCAUGGCGGGUCCAGGGUAUUGAGGAUCUCGCCGGAUGGAGAGGUUGUUGCCGAGAUAAAAGUGCCAACGCUCCAACCUACAUGUCCUUGCUUUUGCGGGACGGAGCUGUUGAUUACGAGUGCUGGGGGAACUAGUGGAGAGGACGGCAAGGGCGUUGAUGAGUUUGCGGGGAGCGUGUUUAGGAUCGACGUCGGGGUUCGGGGGUUGAAGAGAUUCAAGUGGAAGGGUGGGGUUGAUGUUGAGGGGGGGAUGAAGGACGGGCAGGUGGUCGCUGAGUAA